GUCUCUGACAUGGGCGACGAUGAUGAUAGGGAGGAAGACCGGCAGGAGAAACUGAAGCAUGAUGGCCUUGACAGGACUCCGUCCUUUGACAAAGGGAAAAGCCUUUCCUCUGUCGAUAUGGAACCUGAUGAUGGCAGCGAGUUGCACAGGGGCAGUCCGGUUGGAAAAGACCCGGUUGCGUUCUCAUCUUCUGGUUCCAGUGCAACUGAUGCUGAGAAAGAAGCUACCCAGAGUGCCAAGGAGAAGACCGAAGAAAAUACAACGCUCCAAAAUGUUGACCCUGUCACUGAUUCGUCCAAUGUUGUUGCUUCCGGUGAGGAGAGCAAGCCUGAUGGUUCUGGAGCCCCACGCAGCGCGUGGUGGCAGAAGCAACUUAUAUCGCUGUACAGGAGCGCUAAGGAGAGCAACAAGCUCUGGCCUAUCGUUGUGGCUGCUGCCGCUUUGAUGGGGAUGGCGUAUUUCCGGCGGCGCUGGCAGAAGGGCAAGCUGCAGCUUCAGCAGGUCAAAUUGCAACCUGCCAGCAGCAAGGAGAGAAUCAACCAGGCCACGGUACCACUUAACCGAAUCAAGGACAUUCUUGUCGCUGGCAACCACGCGAGUCCGGCUACUCAUGGAAAUGCUCGAUUGGGCUGAUGAUGAUAACCAUCCCGCGACGGAUGAUGUAUCCUGAAACUAGUGUAUCCAAUGGAGAAAUACCCGAUGCCGCAGAACGUAUGGACGUUUAUGCGUGCUGUCUGUGUAAUUAAACCCCAAAACUCCUCCUGGGCAUGUAAAUAUACACGAGUUUUGUGUGGUUGCUUUCCCUCCUUUGGAAGAACUCCCUCCUUGGCCA